AAGAAAGGGCAGACAGCUAUUUAACUCUAUUUAUUUGUUUCUUUGCCAACUUUGCAGGGCUGGAGAUAAGAUGGGUAGACUGCUAUUUUCCUUUUACGCAUCCUUCCUUUGAGAUGGAGAUCCACUUCCAUGGAGAAUGGCUGGAAGUUCUUGGCUGCGGGGUGAUGGAGCAACAACUGGUCAAUUCAGCUGGUGCUCAAGACCGAAUUGGCUGGGCUUUUGGCCUAGGAUUAGAAAGGCUAGCCAUGAUUCUCUAUGACAUCCCUGAUAUCCGUCUCUUCUGGAGUGAGGACGAGCGUUUCCUGAAGCAGUUUCAUGUAGCUAACAUUAAUCAGAAGGUGAAGUUUCAGCCUCUUAGCAAAUUUCCUGCUCUGAUAAAUGAUAUUUCAUUCUGGUUGCCCUCUGAGACUUACGCAGAGAAUGAUUUCUAUGACUUAGUCCGAACGAUUGGAGGAGACCUGGUGGAAAAGGUUGAUCUCAUAGACAAGUUUGAACAUCCAAAGACGCACAGGACCAGCCACUGCUACCGCAUCACCUAUCGCCACAUGGAACGGACUCUGUCCCAGAAAGAGGUCAGUCACAUCCAUCAGGCUGUGCAGGAGGCCGCAGUCCAGCUGUUGGGCGUGGAGGGCAGGUUCUGAUGUCGCCACUUUACUCAGGCCAAAGCCCUCUUGGGGCUUCAGGAUUUGCUGAAAGAGAAAAAGAUAUGGUUUUUGAACUGGGGCAUCAAUCAUCUUUCGAUAAAUGGAUUGGUUUUAGGACUUUCAGAAAAUAAAAGAUCACUCUUGAAAAGCUG